CUGGUUAGAACUUAAUCUUUGAAAGGAGUUUCUAGUUUCUUUUUGAUGUUUGAUUUGUAUGAGCAAAUCUCAACUGACCUUUUUUGGUUUAAGCCUCAUUCCUGUCUUUGACCUUGUUCCUCAAACGUGCAAAAAUAAAUUUGAUCAAAGAGAACCCUUUUUGGGUAGAUAAAAAAGAAUUUUUCCGCCAAAAAUGCAUUUUAUUUUACUUGAAACUUUCAAAUGAUUUCCUGACUUUAGUUUAUUGUAAAUUUUUUUUUCAUAUGUGAAGAAAAAUCAUACUAGUUUUAUUUUAAAAUUAAAACAGAUUUCUACAGCAUGUUCUUAAAAAAUCAAACAGAGAAUCUUAGAAUUAAUUCAUUUCAAACAUAAAUGGCAAUGAAAAAUCACUUUAAUGAAUUUUUAUGUGAGAAAUAUUCACAAAAUUUCCAUUCGUUUCCGUUUCUUCAUUUUAUCUGCUAAGUCAUUCAAUUUGCAUAUCCAUACAACAACAAUAAACAAGCUGAGUCAGCAAAGGUUGUGUAUCAAUAAAAGAUACAAACAAUGAGAGAACUUAAUUAAAUAUCUCACAUGCUGAAUGCUACAAUACAUCUAAACAAUUCUCAAGAAAUUCGCGAGAUCUAUCUUAUAAUAUUGAUCAUUCCAAAAGUCUCUCCCGAAAAUUCACAGACUUAAUCUAACGCAUAUUGACAGUUCAUUCUCAAAGUUAAAAACAUAAAUUUAUUGAGAGUUUUUAUUUGUAAAGCUGCUUAAAGAAUCUCUCUCAGUUAACUCAAAAACUCUCGGAUCGUGACAAGUUCAUCACUAUCACUAUUUUACUCUUUAGUUCCAGUGUUAUUUGAAAAAAAAACAGCACAUAUCGUUGAGAAAAUAAAAUAUUAAGUUUAGUAGACAUUAGAUCGUUGAAAUGGAUGUGAAUAAAAAUUUAACAAUAAGGUUUAGUGACUUAAAUUAUUAUGGAACUGAUGGAUUAUUAAAAAACAAACAGAAACAAAUCUUAAAAAAUAUCAAUGGACGGUUUCAAGGUGGAGAAUUAACAGCAAUCGUUGGUCCAUCUGGAAGUGGAAAAACAUCACUUCUAAAUGCCAUAGCCAGAUAUAGAAGAAAAGGUAUUAGUGGAAAUAUCAAAGUUAAUGGAGAUGAUAUUAAAUUAUAUAAAAAUCAGAUAGCAUAUGUCAUGCAAGAAAGUCACAUGUAUGGAUUACUUACAGUCUUAGAAUCAAUGAAAUAUGCCGUAAAACUUAAAAUAGGAAUACCAUUAAGCCCAGCAAUAAUCUCAAAAAUCUCGAAAAUUUUAAAAAUGUUUAGUCUUGAAGGUCAUGAAAAGACAUUUGUCAAGCAUCUUAGCGGGGGUCAAUGCAAAAGACUUUCAAUUGCCCUUGAAAUUAUUAAUGAUCCAAAAAUUAUCUUUUUGGAUGAAUGCACGUCAGGACUUGAUUCUGCAUCGUCAUAUCAAUGCAUCAAGCUACUGAGGCAACUAGUUUAUAAAGGACAUACGAUAAUUUGUACAAUUCAUCAGCCAUCAACAUUAAUGCUGGAAAUGUUCGAUCAUAUUUAUGCUGUGGCAAAUGGUCAAUGCAUAUAUCAAGGAAGCUUGAAGAAUUUACUGAAAUUCCUUAAGGAAAUUGAUUUUCAGUGUCCACAGACUUAUAAUCCAAUAGAUUAUCUCAUGGAAAUUGCAAAUGAUAUUUAUGGUGAACGAAAUUGUGAUUUAAUCAAUCAAAUAGAAAAUGGACGGAAUGAAAAUUUUUGUCACAGCUUAAAGUAUGAAGAGAGAUCUGAAACUGAUGAGUUUGAGGCAUAUCCAAUACCCACAUUUAAUAGUCAAUUACUCUACUUAAUGCAGAGAAAUGUUUCGAUAAUCUUGAGAGAUUUUACAUACACAUAUUUUAGGCUAUUUGCUCAUCUGUUCCUAGGCGUUCUUGUUGGUUUCACAUUCUGGCAAAUUGGCAACGAUGCAUCAAGUGUUUUCAAAGAUUUUCGACUUUUAAUUGGAGUUAUGAUACUUUUAGUCUAUACAUCAUUGUAUUCGCAAAUAACACUGUUUCCAACACACAACAAAGUCAUCAAACGAGAAUGCUUUAAUAAUUGGUACUCACCAAGAAUCUUCAAUAUAGCACUUUUCAUCACCGACUGUCCAAUAACCAUUGUGUGUGUUCUUUUGUUCCUGAUUCCCAUGUACAUUAUGACAAAUCAACCGCCUGAAUUGUUUCGAUUUGGAAGUUGCUUUUUAAUUUUAUUGCUUUUAAGUUAUAACUCACAAAAUAUUGGAUUGCUUGCUGGAUCCGUUAAAAGUGUCUUGCUUGCUUUAAUCAUCGCACCAUUUCUGAUGAUCCAUCAAAUCGCAUUAUCAGGGACAUUUAUAUUACAGAAAGAUGCUCAUCCAUUAAUAGGUUCACUAUUUAAGACAACAUUUCUCAAUUAUGCUACCGAAGGAAUGAAAAUAACAAUUUUUGGAUUCAAUCGGACUCAACUUGAUUGUGAUGAUAUUUAUUGUCAUUAUGCAAAACCUGAAAAGCUUCUGCAAUUUCUUCAACUUAAUAGCACCUAUGAGGAAGUCAUAAUUGUGAUGACAUUGUAUAUGAUAAUAUUAAGGAUAAUUAUAAUGAUGAUAGUUAACUUCCAAUUAAAAGCUAAGUAGAUUGAAAUUUUUUGUACUUUGGGAACCGUUCGGAAAUUACGUAAUGCUAAAGUCUGAUUAAGAACUUACUUUUGAUCAAUUUUAACAGUUUUGCACACUCUUCUUCUCCUCUGGUAACUUGUCAUUAGUCAAAUCCCUUCGUGUGACGUGUUGUCGGAACAACACACCUUGAUAGUAAAUACAAAAAAUUCUAUAGACGCAUAUUAAAUGCAAAACAGGUUUAAAUGUGAAGAAAAAUAAUAAAGGUUACAAAUAUGAAUAUUAAGUUUGAACGGUUUUGAAUGAUUCUGUAGAGAAAAUUGUAAAUAGAGAAUUUCAAAGUCAGACAGUACCGCAAAAAAAGCAUUGCAUUUUUUGAAAAAGCAAUGUUAAAGGUAUUAUGCAUGACUUUUUCAUGUCA